UAUGAAUGUUUUGCCAAAUUAUACUGCCACAGGUUGUGUGGCAUGUUUCGUGCCUUUUAAGUUUAAACAUUUAAAGAAGUGACGUUUGCUGUUUGAGGGCAUGGUUCAUGUCCACUGAGACGAUCUUUUAGACCAGGGGUAGGCAACCUGUGGCUCUUCAGCUGCAUGCGGCUCCUUCGCGCUUCUUCAGUGGCUCCCUGUGGCCUUUAAACAUUUCAUCAACCAAAGUGUGCUUCAAACAUCUUUUCCUACCAAACCUCCACCUCUUGUUUACUGGACAGCUCCAUUAGCUUUCACCACCAACUCUGCAGAGUUAAAGUUCCAAAUAAUAACUAACAGCCCACUGCAGAGGAGCCACCUUGUAGUAAAAUAUAUUAAUGCAUGCUCAUUGAGACUUAUUAGUGGUGUUGAUUGGCUAAUUUAAACUUAAUAUGCUGUGUUUCCUUCAUUAUAGGGUUCAAAUAUUUUCUGUGGCUCCUUAUUAUUUUUGGUCAAAAAUGGCUCUUUUGAUAGUAAAAAUCUACGACCCCUGGUUUAGACUGUCAUUUUAAUCAAGGGCUAUGUAAGUAACCUGAUCUCAGAAUUAAGAAAAUACAUAAUUGAUCCCCAGGGUGAUAUUGGGACAUGUUACAGUUGCUCUUAGGGUGCAUACAGGCAUGGAGAAAUUAGAAGAAAAUAGAAAUAAGAAGUAUGCAAAAAAUGUGCAUUAUUACUACAAUAUCUCACAAUAUAUACAUAUAGAUGUAAGAAAUAAGAGGUAUGUUGUUUGAGAAAUCUGUACACAUAUGUACAUCGUACCACAAUCUCCUGGCAUUGCAGGUCAUCCAGACAACAUGUAACACAGUGACAUUUGUAAUGACAGUAACAAAGUGGCAAUGCUGCUAAAAGACUGUGAUGAAUCAGUUAGAUUAUGGAGAGCCCAUAUUUCUCUUGCUGAAUAGGCUUUGGGGACCCCUGCCUGAUCAUAUCAUCCUGAAAAAAUGCUGUUUUAUGAAUGAAUGAAUCGAUUCAAAACAAUCACAAAAUAGACUACAAUAAAAUACACACAUCAUUCACAAAGAUUUAUUUACACAAAUUUUCUCACACUCAAUAACCGGAGAAGGAAUAAGCUGAAUCUGUAAUUAUUUAACAUUGCAAGACUUUUUAAAAACUCAACAGAGGGCAACACAAUUUUGAAUCAGCACAUAGUUAAUUUCAUAACUUGACUCCCAAAACUGAAACACAUUUGUAUUUUAAACUGAUUCUCACUUUACAUACUUCAUAAAUAAACACCACUCUUGAAUUAUAAUUUCUAUUUCUCAGUGAUUUUUUUCUUUUUUAAACACAGACAGAAAGGACUUUGUUCACAACUGGAAAAAGUAUUUCCAAUGUUUUUUAAUACACAAUGUCUGGAAAUUUUAAGGUGUAGGAUGCUAGAAACAUUACAUAUUGAUUAGUAGAUUCAUGACAACCAACUUUAUGUAUUAUUUUAAUGGCUCAUUUCUGAGGUUCAAUCACAGGAGCUAUAUUCGAUUGUUGUUCUGUAUGCCACAAAAGAAAGUUAAGGAUGAUGAUCACAGGUACACCUUUACUUAAAGUACAUUUAUUGCUUAAUUUUCCAUUGGAAUAAUUCAAUUGAUCAGAUCUAUUCCUUUUAAGGACAAUUGUUUACUACUAACCAUGUUACUUUAUUGUUUAUACUCUACCCAUUAUCAAUCAUCAAUAACAGGAGGAAGACGACAUUGUUUCCCACGGUCUGGAAUCUGGACAACCUGUUCUCCUGUCCAUUCUCCUGCGCAUGCGCCAAGAGAGCACCAGAUGGCCCAAUCAGCUAUUUUACCCCCACACGCCAAAAAAAUCUGAGAGUGAUUUCCAGAAGAUGGCGACCGCGCUGGUGGUGUCAACCUCAGUCCCUACUAAUCCUGAAAAGGAAAAAUGUGUAACAACCAUUCCAAAGGCGUUGAGUCCUGAAUCCUACAUCAAGCAUCCAUUACAAAACAAGUGGGCUCUUUGGUUUUUCAAGAACGACAAAAGCAAAACAUGGCGAGCCAACCUGCGUCUCAUCUCAAAAUUUGACACUGUGGAAGACUUCUGGGCAUUAUACAACCACAUUCAGCUAUCAAGUAAUUUGAUGUCCGGCUGUGACUACUCGCUGUUUAAGGAUGGGAUUGAGCCCAUGUGGGAGGAUGCACGGAAUCGACGAGGUGGCCGCUGGCUGAUAACUCUGUCCAAGCAGCAGCGUAGAGCAGACCUGGAUCGGUUCUGGUUGGAGACGCUUUUGUGUCUUGUGGGCGAAGCUUUUGGUGACUACAGUGACGAUGUGUGCGGUGCCGUGAUCAACGUGCGAGCCAAAGGAGAUAAAAUAGCAAUAUGGACCACGGACUACGAAAACAAAGAUGCCAUCACACAAAUAGGGCGUGUGUACAAAGACAGAUUAGGCGUCCCACCAAAAGUGAUCAUCGGAUACCAGUCACAUGCAGACACGGCCACAAAGAGCGGCUCCACAACCAAGAACAAGUUUGUUGCCUGAACACCGGAAUCACCCAUCAUGCCUUUUUCUGUUCUGUAAUGUUUCCAUGAAUGUAACUGACAUGUUUACCCACUAACAAACAUUUGAAGUGGAGAUAAAGCUGUUUCCUUUCUGUUUGUUUCUAUUUGUUGCCUCUUCACCAAAGCUUUUGUUUACAGUGAGAGGAUGUGCAGCUGAAAUGUAGCACUGUUGUCUGAACUUUAUUUUGUGUGUUGGUGGGCUGAAGAUGAGCAAAAGAUGUUUUGAUGCCCAUAUCUCAGUUUCAAAUGCAGCUGCAUAUUGUUGGAGAAUUUGUUGUUCUUUAUCCUUCACUUAAGUGUUUGUCAGUUAUUUUCUUAAAGGACUUAAAGUAAAACAUUUUCGACUUGGGUAUCAGCUGUAGCUCUUUGUUAGUCCUGUAAUGUGACAGAGUCAGUUUACAAUAUUAAUGUGUUGAUUUAUUGCACUUUUAGUUGCACAGUGGAGUUUUUAACCAUACAUUGCAACUCACCGCACAUCUUCUGAACAUGAACAGCACUAACAGGUGGAUUAAAAAACUUAAAUUCAAAAGAGUCAUAGAGGUUUUGACAUCUUUGUGCAGUUGUUUUUCAGUUUGACAGAUUAUUUAAAAGUCACUUUAUUGCUGUUGUAUCAAAUAGAAUAUCUAAAAGUGAGCUGUUUUCUUUCUCGUGAAGCAGCUUGUGCAAUAUAGGAAGAAAUAAUAUAGUGUGGUGCUUCGUCAAGAUUUGAAAGUCUACCAGUCAAGCAAAACACAAAUUUCCUUUUAAAAUGGAUCAGGAAGCAUCGUAACUAUGUGCCUCAGAUUUAUCACAAGAACAAAAGUGAGCCAUUCAUACCUGAGCUCUUGAUAUACUUUAACCUCUUAUGAAUCUCGAGUUUUGAGUUUAAGAGCACAGAAAGAUGUCAGUGAUAAAAGCAGCAUUUUGCAUCUCAGUCUGUCUUAAUAGUGAGGAUGAUAUUUUUCAAAUGUAGAUAUUGUUUGGUAUGUCUUUUUUCCCGUACAAGUGCACAAGCCAUGUUACAGUGUAAAAUGUUUAGUCAAAAAGUUUACUUGUUUGGUACUGAUCUACUGCUUUGAUGAAGUGUACAUAGUCCACUCCGGAUAUUGUUUUGUAUGUGGCAAACACAAAAAAAAAGUAAAGGUUUGGAGGGAUUGAACUGUGCCUUGAAUGUAACACCCUGUCCUAUAUUUUGAUGUACA